UCGUGAAUGACCCUGCCGAAUAUUAGAGAUUGUUUGUGUCAUCGUUUAUCAAUGGACUAUUAAAAAAAAACAUCAAGAGAAUCUCAUUAUAUAAAUGAAUGGUUCAUCGGUUUUCCCCGAAGGAAGAAAGUAUAGUCACGGAUGGUCGGACGCUGCUUUUCACUGUAGGACGAUGAAAAGAAAAAGCGAAUUUCUGUCAUCGAUAAUUUUGAUAAGGUUAUUGCUACGUAAAUUAAACGACGAUAUCGACAGAUCUUAUCGACGUUAUCAGCGUAAAUUUCGCAGAUUUAUGGCGCGCGAUAAUCGUAAAGAGAAAUAAUUGUCAUGUUUUAGCGUACGGAUCCUGAUAAUUGCGAUUUACCGUCCUAGCAUUCUCGCUUUCGCUUAAUUGUAGUUUUGUUGUGUUUUAAAUGCGUAAGAGAGGGCCAUUUCGCGAUGGCCCCGUCGCGGGGUUAUCUCCGCAAAGGGUGUGUGCGUAAAUGCUUGACCGCUGUGCCGCGCGGCCGAGUAUAACCAGUUCCCUUCUACUGCUUGAAAUCUCGCUGUUGCACUCAUCGAAGUCACUUGGCGAGUUGACUGAGACUUUGCGAAAGAGUGAAGAGGGAGAGAGAAAGAGAAAGGAGCGCGAAAGCGAUACGGGCAUGAGCGAGAGAGAGAAAGAGAGAGAAUGAGCGAAUGUGUGAACGAAUAGGUAGUGCGUGGUAGAGUGGCGAAUGAAAGAUAGAAAGAGAAGCGAGCGGGCGGGUGUAAGAAGAAAUGUGAGCAGGAAUUGUCGAAGAAAAUAACAGGAUGGAUAGAUACAUUAAUGACAAAGACUUUAUUUCUUUUUGUUUUGAAUUGAAGAAGUGAUUAUAAAAAAAAUGACAUGUUCGGCAAAACGCGAAAAAAACGAUUAAGGAAACUAGUCUUUAAGAGAUAGAUUUAAUAGUGGAGGCAGAGAAAGCAUGUUGCUUAUAGGUGACAGAAAAUUAGUAAAUACAUGAAGAUCAAAGUUAUAAAUGAGAAAGCAAAAAAUGAAAAAAAAUGUACGAUAUGUACUUAUUGAUAAAAUAGUAAAAGAUGCGUAAUAAAGAUAAAGAAAUAUAUAACAGCAUUGAAAAAUGAAAAAAAACAUACGAUAUGUAUUUACUGAUAAAAUAGUGGAAGAUGCGUAGUAAAGAUAAGAAAUAUGACAGCAUUGAAAAAUGAAAUCAUAAUAAAAAGCAAAGAGAUGGAAAUUAGAGAGAGUAAAUCCGCAACAGAGGUGAAGAGAUGCAUAAAGAUUGCAAUCAAAAAAAUUAAGGAAAUUGAAAAGAAACAGGAGAAUCGAUAAGAUUGAUAGAGGGAGAAAAUCUCUUAAAAGAAGACAUAUUCAUGAUAUCAUCAAUAAAGACAGAGAAGCAUGUGAAGACAGAAUUUGAAAAGUAAAUAGAAUCGCGAGGAAACAAGAGAAAGAGAGAGAGAGAAACAUAGUAAAAUAUUCGUCGAGAAAAGAGGAGAGAGGCAAAAAAGAGAAAAAGAGCGUGCGAAUGUUAUCUAUGUGUUCGCGAGUACAAACACCACAUGGAACGAAAGAGUGAGCCACACCGCCGAUCUCUCGUGUAAAAGGUGGGGAUCUUUCUCGGUGUAUACUCCAGCCAGGCCAUGCUAGACGCCGCCGCUGGUCGUAUACAACAGCCUUCGCAUUCUUCGGAGAAGUGAAAGCAGUUUCAGGGAAAUUCUGGUGGCGGCCGGGCGUUCGUUCGCCACAGGCAAGAAUCAGUCGUGUGACGUUUCUUUCGCCUGCGCCGCAUAGUAGUUAUCGCGACACAGUGUGACCUGGAGACCCGAUCUCGGGAGGGGUCCUUUUUUUUUCUUUUCAUGAUACACACGAUCAGAUGAAAUCUCAUUAUGAAAUCUCGUCCUAAGGAGACGUAUGUAUACGUGUGUGCAUAAGCGCGAAGCAGAUGGCGAACUCGGACGCAACUCUGUGCUCCGCGGUGAGAUAAUGGACAAGCGUCAUGAGGCACCUACUACGUGGAGAACGUUGCGAAAUCAUCGUCGAAGGAGAAUAGAAAAGCGCUACUUAUUGAAUACCAGGUCACAAAAUGGUAUCGAGGCGGAAGAUACUUUCGCGCUCGCGAGAUAAUCUCGUAGAAUCGCAAUACGAGGAACAAGACGAAGAAGAUAUAUGGUAUAAUCUUGAUAAAUUGUACAAGGAUCAUAUACAAGAAGUCUUAGAUAAAUGGAAUCAAAUAGAUGACGAAAUUUGGGCGAAAGUUAUCGUCUUCGAGAGAAACAGACGGGUUGCGAAAGCGUAUGCCAGAGCACCUGUUCUCACGAUAAAUGGCUCGAAUGACGGAUUUGAUGGAUUCAGGAUAGGACUUUGUGGAUUUGAUAAUCCCAUGCGGGAUCCGAAAACGGAGGAGGCCAAACGUCACAUAAAUCAAGGAGUUAAAAUAAAAAUGGAUGAGCAGGGCAAUAUACUUAUCAAAAGAUUAUGUAAGAAUAACGUGUACGUUAAGUCGACGAAUCAAGAGGACAACGCAAUUGGUCCGGAAAUUAUACGUAAUUCGCAAGGCGCGCUGGAACAUGAAAAACCCGGAAAGUUAUUCGACAUGAAUAAAUUCCAAACAAAUCUGUCGCGGGAAACGCGAAGGGCUUAUCCGGACAGACGGCGAUUGGAGAUGCAGUGUCUGAGUGCUAUCAUAUUCGUAAGAACGGAGGCCGACUUACUUCAAUGUCCCGUAUGGGUACUCAUUGUCAAUGUAGUUGGAUUGGACAUGCUCAAGUCGAAGUUGCCACCAGUUUUAGCACUACAAAGACCGGUAGAUAUAAAGAAUAGACCUAGAAUACCAAUCCCCGACGAAGAUCCUUAUAGCGUGGCUGGCGUGUCGUCGUCUGUAGGUCCUAGCGAAUUAAUGUCGGCGGACAGAGACUCGCGAGAACAAAUCUAUAUGCAAUCGACGAGUUAUCAUCAUAGACGAGCAGAGAGACCGCCGAAAUUGCCUCCUCGAGAAAAUCUCUACGGCCAUGGUAUCCCAAAGCCUGAUUAUGACGAUAUAGAAGAUGAUUAUAGCAGAGCGAUAAAGCAUCCUAUAAUGAACGAGGAGAAGCGAAGUAAACACGACGACAGAAAAAAAUACGAUGAUCCAUAUUAUUGCGGUUUACGAGCGCGUGUGCCCAAUUUCGUUAAAAUGGCGAAGAACGGUCAUAGUAAGAUGGGUCCUCUGCCUCCUCGAGGACAUUCCAGGACACAGCCGGCGCCGUCUUACGCGGGCGCCGCAUACGCUAGUAGUCAAUCCUCUCAGAUAUACGGGCAUUUACCUGCUCAUCGACCACCUAUCAUGUAUCACGCUAGAAGUUUUGAAAGUGGACUUGAUUCGGAUAAUAGGAACGAAUCACCGUAUAACCACAUAUAUGGAAGGUUACCGAUCCCGACGAGAGGCGUAAUACCUCCGACACCGCGUGCUAUGUAUAUUGGAGAGUGGGAUUAGAUAUAAGAAAUAUCUCGGCGUUUGUACUUAUAAACUCUUUGUAUAUUGUUAAUACACCAUAUAAAUACUCAUAUUUUUAUGCUAGCA